CAUCUGUGCAUGGAAUAUGAUGAGGAUGAUGAUAUUUUCUUUGCAAAAUGGAUGAGCAGCUUCUGGGGCCACAACUUGAUCGAUGAGGAGAAAGAAGGCAGAGGCCACAAGAAACGUCAGCCACAGCUCUGGAGUGAAAGGAGAGCAUCCCUGCCGGCCAAGCUUUCCUCCCUCCGUACAACACGACUUCAUGCUUCUGCCAAAGGCUCAUCUUCAGGCCACCUCAGGGGCUCCAAGGAAUUUCAAGAAGACCAAGAUGUCAAAUGCCACUGCCACAGGAAGGCGAGCAGAACACCUUCAGCAGACAGCUCAUGUCCAGAGACAAGAUCAAACUCCAUUCAGGAAUUUGCAGAGUCCUUUGAAAAGCAAUUGCAUCUCAAAAGCAAACGCUCAGUUUCUUUGCAACCUGAAGGUGCAAAAGAGAGACGAGAAAGAGAAAAAUUGCAUUUGAGAAAAAGCAAGUCUCAUAAGAAAAUGGGAGAGAAAUCUGAGGCAAAGAGAGAGCGGGAUGAAGCUGAAAGUUCAGAAGUACCUGCAAAACACAGUGAACAGUUUCCAUCACAAGCAAGCAUUCAGAAAGGUUAUGUAUCCACAGGCAGCUACAAUGCAUUGAGAUAA